UUUUGGUUCUCCCUUUACUUUGUUCUUACUAAGAUUCGUUAUUUAAAAAUACUCAUAUUAAAAAAAAAGUAUUAGACGUUAAAUAUAGAUGUUUGUGUCGAUCCAUAUUGGAAUUAUAAUUCGUGAUUUGGUAGGAGAGCAACCCUUUUGGUAGAGUGAAUUUGAGAGGAGUUAGCAAUUUCUAUGUUUUCAUUGAUUAACAUAGGAGGCGGCAAUUCCACAUGAGGUAGCAAUACAUGGAAAUUUCCCUGUCAUACAUAUUAUAUGUUGAUCACAUAUCAGAAAGAGGCAAGUUUGGUUGAGAGAGAGAAAUUAUUUUAAAAAAUGGAUGUGAAGAAAAUAGUAGUGGUUGUAGAAGAUGAAGAUGCAGCUAGAACAGCUCUAAAAUGGGCUCUACUAAACAUCAUUAGAUACGGUGACAUAAUCACACUUCUUCAUGUUUAUAAUUCCAAUUCUAACACAGGAUCAAAAGGUAGAAGUAGAAGCAGAGCUCGUGUUCUUCGUCUUAAGGGUUUUCGAUUAGCACUUUCAUUUCAAGAUAUUUGCAACAACUAUCCAAAUGUAUGUAUGUAUACAAAGGUUGAGAUUAUUGUGACAGAAGGGGACCAAGAAGGGACAAAGAUUGCUGCAACUGUUAGAGAAAUUGGUGCUUCUAUGCUUGUUCUUGGACUCCAUGAUCAUAGUUUUCUUUACAAAUUUACAAUGGCCCAUCCCCACAACAAUUUGAACUGCAGAGUAGUUGCCAUUAAGCAGCCUCAUCACGAUAUAUCAUCAUCAUCAUCAGUAGCUGUAUUAGACAGUUCAGUCAACUUUGACUUUUCUCAGAUUGACAUUUCUAGAUUACAAGUAUCUCCUAUCCCUUCACCAAAAAUUCCAUACAGAAUCUGUCCAAAUCCAUCUGCAAUUAUUUGGAGAUCAAGAAGAACAAGGAGAAGCUGAUCAUCAUGGACAUUCUUUUCAAUACUAUUAUCCUAUAAAUAAACACUGUAUACAAUUAAUUAACAUAGUAUAAUUUUGUUUUUUAUGUCU